UUCGUCUGCGCGGGUGUUGUGGAAGUGACUGAUGAGAGCUGAAGGGCCGAAAAGGUAAAGCGGACGCAAGCCCGCGACCGGGCCCGGGAGUCGCAGCCAGGAAUCUGAAGUAAAUAGUAAAACAUGAUGUCUUCAGUAUGUUCUGAGUAUACAAUUGGUGGGGUGAAGAUUAACUUUCCUUGUAAAGCUUAUCCAUCACAGCUUGCUAUGAUGAAUUCUAUUGUCAGAGGAUUAAAUAGUAAGCAGCAUUGUUUGUUGGAGAGCCCCACAGGGAGUGGGAAAAGCUUAGCCUUACUUUGCUCUGCUUUAGCAUGGCAGCAAUCUCUUAGUGGGAAGCCAGUGAACGAAGGCUUAAGUAAAAAAGCUGAAGUACCAUUGUCGUGUUGUUGUACAUGCCAUUCAAAGAAUUUUACAAACAAUGACGUGAACCAGGGAACUUCAUAUCAUUUCAACAGUCCAAGUAUACCAACUUCUGAAAGAAAUGGCACUUUGUCAACUUGUCAAGACUCUCCUGAAAAAACUACACUGGCUGCAAAGCUAUCUGCUAAGAAACAGGCAUCCAUGUACAGAGAUGAAAAUGAUGAUUUUCAAGUAGAGAAGAAAAGAAUUCGACCCUUAGAAACUACACAGCAGAUUAGAAAACGUCAUUGUUUUGAAAAGGAGGUGCACCAUUUGGAUGCAAAAGUUGCUUCAGGAAAGACCACAAAACUCAACUCCCCAUUAGGAAAGAUAAACUCCUUUUCUCCACAAAAUCCCCCUGGUAACUGUUCUAGGUGCUGUUGUUCUACUAAACAAGGAGACAGUCAAGAUUCUUCAAAUACCACUAAGAAGGAUCAUGGGGGGAAGUCCAAGAUACCCAAAAUAUAUUUUGGGACACGCACACACAAGCAGAUUGCUCAGAUUACUAGAGAGCUCCGGAGGACAGCAUACUCAGGGGUCCCAAUGACUAUUCUUUCCAGCAGGGAUCACACUUGUGUCCAUCCUGAAGUAGUAGGUAACUUCAACAGAAAUGAAAAGUGCAUGGAAUUGCUAGAUGGAAAAAAUGGAAAAUUCUGCUAUUUUUAUCAUGGUGUUCAUAAAAUUAGUGAUCAACACAUAUUACAAACUCUCCAAGGGAUGUGCAAGGCCUGGGAUAUAGAAGAAUUCGUCAGCUUGGGGAAAAAACUAAAGGCAUGUCCAUAUUACACAGCACGAGAACUAAUGCAGGAUGCUGACAUAAUAUUUUGUCCCUACAACUAUCUUCUAGAUGCACAAAUAAGGGAAAGUAUGGAUAUCAAUCUGAAAGAACAGGUUGUCAUUUUAGAUGAAGCUCAUAACAUUGAGGACUGUGCUCGGGAAUCAGCAAGUUACAGUAUAACGGAAGUUCAGCUUCGGUUUGCUCGGGAUGAACUAGAUAGUAUGGUUAACAAUAAUAUAAGGAAGAAAGACCAUGAACCCCUACGAGCUGUGUGCUAUAGCCUCAUUAAUUGGUUAGAAGCAAACUCUGAACAUCUUGUGGAAAGGGGUUAUGAAUCAUCCUGUAAAGUAUGGAGUGGAAGUGACAUGCUCUUAAAUUUACACAAAAUGGGCAUAACCACUGCUACUUUUCCUAUUUUGCAGGGACAUUUUUCUGCUAUCCUUCAAAAAGAAGAAAAAGUCUCAUCAGUUCAUGGUAAAGAGGAGGCAAGAGAAGUACCUAUUAUUAGUGCUUCAACUCAAAUAAUGCUCAAAGGACUUUUUAUGGUGCUUGACUAUCUUUUUAGGCAAAAUAGCAGAUUUGCAGAUGAUUAUAAAGUCGCUAUUCAACAGACUUACUCUUGGAUAAAUCAGACUGAUACUUCAGAUAAAAAUGGGUUCUUGGUUCUACCAAAAAAUAAGAAACGUUUACGACAGAAAGCAGCAGUUCAUGUGCUGAAUUUUUGGUGCUUAAAUCCAGCUGUGGCCUUUUCAGAUAUUAAUGGCAAGGUUUGGACGAUUGUUUUGACAUCUGGGACAUUAUCACCAAUGAAAUCCUUUUCAUCAGAACUUGGUGUUACAUUUACUGUCCAACUGGAGGCUAAUCAUGUCAUUAAUAACUCACAGGUUUGGGUUGGCACCAUUGGGUCAGGCCCCAAGGGUCGCAGUCUCUGUGCUACCUUCCAGCACACAGAAACAUUUGAGUUCCAGGAUGAAGUGGGAGCACUUGUGUUAUCUGUGUGCCAGACUAUGAGCCAAGGAAUUUUGUGUUUCCUGCCAUCUUACAAGUUACUAGAAAAGUUAAAAGAACGUUGGCUCUCCACUGGUGUAUGGCAUAAUCUGGAGUUGGUGAAGACAGUCAUUGUAGAACCACAGAGAGGAGAAAAAACUGAUUUUGAUGAAUUACUGCAGAUGUACUAUGAUGCGAUCAAGUACAAAGGAGAAAAAGAUGGCGCCCUCCUGGUGGCAGUUUGUCGUGGUAAAGUGAGUGAGGGUCUGGAUUUCUCAGAUGACAACGCCCGUGCUGUCAUAACAAUAGGAAUUCCUUUUCCAAAUGUGAAAGAUCUACAGGUUGAACUAAAGCGACAAUAUAAUGACCAGCAUUCAAAAUUAAGAGGUCUUUUACCAGGUCGUCAGUGGUAUGAAAUUCAAGCAUACAGGGCCUUAAACCAGGCCCUAGGUAGGUGUAUUCGACACAAAAAUGAUUGGGGAGCUCUUAUUCUAGUGGAUGAUCGCUUCAGGAGUAACCCAAGUCGAUACAUAUCUGGACUUUCUAAGUGGGUUCGGCAGCUGAUUCAGCACCAUCCAACCUUUGAGAGUGCGCUGGAGUCCUUGGCUGAAUUUUCCAAAAGGCACCGAAAGGUCAUUGAUGUAUACAAAGAAGACAGAAAAUCUGUACAGGACAAUGAGUCUCCGCUUGCAGUGGCUUGUUUGAAGGAUAAUACCUCAACUUAUUUAUUAGAAGCAGCAAGCCAUCUAUCACCAGAAUAUCCUAGGGAAGAUGAUCCAUUAUUAUUGGAAGAGUCUGCCCAGGCAGUAGGAGCAGAAAAAAUUGUGAUUUCCAGGUCCACAAGCCCAACCUUCAACAAACAAACAAACAGAGUUAGCUGGUCUGGCAGUAAUUUUCUGGAACAGUAUCUUACUGGUAAAAUUCUGACUGGAACACCUAAGUUUAGGUCAUCAGAGGACUGUGCCUCUAAUUCUUCCACUUUCAAAACAGAAAAGGGACGUGAAGCAGUUUUGCCACUCACUGAUAAAUAUGAGUCCUCUCUGACAGUAAACACAUCACUUGGACCAUGCCCUCAAUCGGAAACCAUUGUUCCAUCAAUAAAGAUCAAUGCUACUCUCCUGAAUCCAGAAGAUCCAGACAUUCUGUUAUCUCUAGUAAGUGAAGAAGCUGAACUUUCUACUUCAAAUACAGAAGCAGAGGAUGAAUCUAUCUAUUUUACACCCGAACUUUAUGAUCCCAUAGAUACAAAUGAAGAAAAGAAUGAAGUAGUUGGAACUGAUAGAGACAACAGAUUGGCUAAUAAUUCAAAUUGCAUUUUAGCUGAAGAUCUUUUUGAAAUUAAAACUAUGAAAGGAAUGGAUUCAGUCAGAGAAAUGAAAGCUGAGGAUUGCACAGGCACAAAGUUGAAUAGACUCACACAUAUUAAAGAAAGUAAAGUUGAUGACAUUGGUAGUAAUGUAAAAAUGACUCAUAUAAAUGAAUUGGAACUGGGAAAAAACUCAUGAAAUGGAUAUAAAGAACUUUAAACAGUCUCCUCCCAAAAAUAAAGAUGUGUUCCCUGGUGUUAGGUAGUAAUACUUAACUGUCAAGGUAUAAAAACAUGUCGUCAUGCUUAUAUUAAACUCUAUUGUAAAUGAUAAUUUGUACAUUGGAUAAGUGACAUAGCUUUUUUUUUUAAUUUGAGAUAUAUAAUUCACUUUAAUCCAAAGUCUAUAUUAUGUUCAGAAAUAUAAGUUUUACUAUUCUCAAGUUUUGAUAAAUUGAUUCAUAAAAAAUAUUUUCCUCCAAGUCUUCCUUAGCUAAAUGCAAUAUUAAAUUAAUCAAUCUGGAAGAUAUGUAGUUUCCUAAGGCACUUUAAAUUUCACAUAAAUAUUUGUAUUUUGUAGUCCUCUUCAUCCAUUUUUUUUCAUACUGAUGUGUAAAAAUUAAUAGCAAUCUAAUCCAGUUACCCCUCAGUCAUGUUUCACUGUAGAUUUUACCUCAGAUCAGUCUGAGGUUUUUUUUUUUUAGAAAUCAGUUUUCUUGAAAAGUAUAUUCCUGUAUUAAACUGCCUACUUGUAAGUAAUUAAGAAUUAAGGAAGAAAACUACAUGUAUUUUUAAUUGAAAUUGUUUUACAUUUUUGUUUGUUAAAUCAAAACCAAGCAUGUUUUAAACAAAUUUAUGUAAAAUUAUGCCAAAUGAAGGACUCCAAAUUUUCAAUUCUAAUUAUUUAGCUUCAUCACCAUUGCGGAAAAAAGUGACAUGUUCUAGCAUAAAGGCUUCAGUUAUGCAACUAAGAUAGAAAACUUCAAAUAUAAAUUUAAUAAGUAAAGCUAAACAUGUAACUGUAGCUGAAAAAUGUUCCCUUAUAGCCCAGUAAGCUUUUCUGUAAAUUUUGACUCUUGGUUUUUGUGAAUGAAGCUACACUUCUGAUCAAAAAUGGUUAUAAAAGUAGCUCUUCUCUGACAUCAUUCCAAAAAUACAUUCACCAAUCUUUUCCAAGAAACAUCUGUUACUCAAUAGACAUUUAGCCUUCUUGGAGUGAUUUGAAUCGAAAUUUUAUGAGCUGUUCAAGUUGUUGAUGCGGUUUAUUAUUUUCAAGUCAAAAUUCUCAGCAGUCAGGUAUCUUUUAUAUUCAUUUGGAACAAUGAUUUAUUAUAUAUGCAUAUGUUUACUUUCAUUUUGAUGACAUUUAUAUUGAAUACAGCUUAAUUGUUUCUAUAACAUUGGAUGUUACAACUCUAAGCAUAGUUCAAAGAAAUUUAAAUUGAUAAUUUACCAGUUAAAGAAUUUAUCUGCAGAUUGGGAUAUAUUCAGUCCCACCUAGUAUUAGAUCUUUUUCUUAGGUGAUCAGUAAAAAGUUUCAAGCACUGGAUUAGAAGGUAAUUUUUAAAUUGUUUUGAAAGGGUGAAAUCAUUUGUCAUCUUUGGAACAGUUCUUAAUCCACACAUCAAGGGUGGUGUGGUAGUAGAAAAAAUACCAGGUAGAAGACAAGAGACUUGGGCUCUAUUCUUGGGUCUGCCACUAAUUUGCUAAGUCAUGUUGGCAAUCACCAUGCCUUUUGGGGAAUUAGUUUCAUCUGUGAAAUGUGUACUUUAGUACUAUAAAAUCAUGCAAAUCCCUUUCAGCUUUAAAAAUCCAUAAUUUAAAGGAAUAUAUGUUGAUAUUUUAUUCUGAAUAAAUUUUCAUUUGCUUUGGUUGCAAAAUGCUUAAAAUAAAGCAAACCAUUUGUAUAAAAGGUAACAUGAAUAAUUGUAUGAAUAUGUACAUAAUAACUUGGGAAGCAAGUAUUUAUUUUACCAGUGCUUCAAUUAAAAUAUUUUUGAAUCCUUAAAAUUGCCCUUAGAAGAUUUGGUAAACUACCUGAGAAAAAUCAAACACAUUAUUUUUUAGUGUUAUUAUCCAGCUUGAUCUCAAAUACCAUCCCUUUCCCUAGAUAUAAUUUAUUCUUUCCAAAAUCUAAUUCUCUCCAAGGCUAAAAAUUUCCAUUACUGAGAAUGUACAUAGAGAUGUGGCACAAGCUUUUAGUAAUUCCAAGAGGUGCUUCAAAAAUUUUGUACAAUGGUAUCAUGGUUGAAUCAGGUAUAUAGUCUCCUCAGAUCACAGCCUUGACCAGGUUGGUAUUGCAAGAAGUAAAGUCUAGCCUUUAUAAAGAGUGUGAGGUAAAACGUUUUCAUUAGUGAUAAAAUACUUUUUAAAGAGAUGUUUUAGAAAGUUUAAGGUAAAACAUGUAAAAGCAUUUAAAAGAGUAUCUGGCACAUCGCAAGCCCUCAAUUAUUACUUGGUAAAUCAAUCAUGUAUCUGGAGUACACUCUUGCUUUAUACAAAGACUUCCCUAAUGAUGAUAGAUAGAUAGAUAGAUAGAUAGAUAGACAGAUAGGAGAUAAACUGACAAUAAAGAAGCAUUGUGUAGUAGGAAGGGUAAGUUACUUGUCUCGUUUAUUUUUUAAGGCUGAGAUAUAUAAGAUAGAAAUUGUUUAUCAAGUAAUUUGCCUUACCCGUUCCAUGCAUAUGAAAUAAUCAUCUAAUACUGAAUUUAUUUAAGGGCUGAAAAUACAUAGAACAUUCAGGCCACGAAUCAGGAAAACUACCAGCUGGAGAAGGGGCUUGGUUCAUGGAAGAAAGGUACAUUGUGAAGAGUAGAUGCUUCAUGACUUGACUUUUAAAGUUUACAUGAAUCAUUUAAAAUCUUUAAUAAUUGUGUUGGAAAUUAAUGACAACUCUUUGUGCUACUACUAUGCAUUUAAUUAUUAAGUGGUUUUUAAUUUUGUAUUGUUUCUAAGUUCACAUGCUUUUCCAUAUUAUUUUUCUGCAAUAUGACCUUCUCAUGCUAUGUUCCUGUAGUAAAACACAUUCAAAAUAUUUAAUUCUUUGAAAUUGCUUAUAAAACUCCAUGAAGUCAAAACACCUAUUGUAAAAUCACUUGAAAGACUGGUUAUUUAGUUAUUUAAUCUCUGAUGGCAUUAUUUUGGCAUUUGCUUACUACAGAAUUAUUCUUGCUCAUGAUCUUUUCAGCCUCAGAUUUAUCAGUAAGCUGCACAAGAUUUUACUUUAACUGUUACGAAUUUGUGGUAGAGUCUUGUCUAUUUUUAUAGACAAAUGCAGUCAAUUUUUUGUAAAUAAAAAGGCAGUAUUAAAACUGAACUUAUUUUUUCUGAACUUUUUCAUAAUAAAAAAUAAAUUUAAUACCACAUCAAACAGUGAAUGUCUAAGGAAGAUAAAACUUUAAUAUAAAGUAUCUGUGCAGCGAUUAAACAUAAAGACAUCACUUCAGGAAAUGGAAAUUUAAAUAGAUGACCUAGGCUUAUGAUUCUCUAGCCUGAAACAAUUUUCAUGUCUACCAAAAAAAAAAGCAUUUUGUUUCUUAAGGUUUCAUUUGAUAGACCAUUAGCUGCCUGGCUUCCUGUACUCUACAAUGGGGCCUUGUUGUAAAAUCCAUGUGAUCUGAGCCAGUGGAUCACCUUAUUGGUGAAACCAUCUUAUAAUGAAGUGCUUUCAGUAACUGAACUCCUGGACAAGAUCCAAAACAACCCAUCUUAUACCAAAUUCUACUCUGUAAUAAACAAGUUUCAAUGUAUUACAAGGAAAACAAAAAUUGUAUUCCCAGAAAUUAACCUUUGAAAAUCUAAUGGUAAAUUCUGAUUAAAAGGAAUAUUUGUUCACAAGGCACAGUGAGGUACAUAUUUUAGUAUGCUUUAUAGUUUGUGUUUUUUAAUUUUGAUCUUUUGUGAUUUUGAUUCUCUUGUGCUUUUACCCAAAAUUUCACCAUUUCACAUUAUUUUACAUCUGUAUUUACAAAGCUUAAUUUAAAAGGUUUCCUUUGUCUCCUUUCUGUUACAAAGUACUGAUUGUACAGGUGGCAUGUCAUGUAUGUAAACUAAGUUAGAUGCCAUCGUCUUUUAUGUAUGAUUCAUAUAUAGUGAAAAGAUUUAGAGAUAUUAAAUACUGAUUGUUGUUAUUUUGGA